UGAGUGGAGACAUGCACCAAAAUCAAGAGUUAUCUGUGUAGGCAGGGCAUAUAAAUUCUGCCUUUUCUGAUUAGUUUUUUCCCCAAAAAAAAGGACUCUGAAGAGGUCAUAGACGGGAAACGAGUGGAAGUUGAGCACCGGCUGCACCAAUUAGGAUGUUUUCUAAUUAGCGGGAAAUGUUCCUCUCGAGAGAGGACAGUUUGGGAAUAUGAGCAAAGAGUAGAAUAUAAAAAGAGACCUACUUGAUCGCAAAGACCUAGCUGAUUGCAUUGCGGAUCCCAACACAAAACAACCACUUGCACCUUUAUUCAACCAUCCCAAUUAGUUUACUAAUGGGAUUAUGUCAACGUUCUCAAGAUAAAUCCUACUGCUUUUCUACUCAAAUGCAUCCUAAAUUUUCAUGAUCAGUAUUUUAAAAGAAUCCCAUCAAACCCUGUUCCCCUGUUUCUCUCUUGAAGAUCAGAGAACAAUCAAGGAUGCCCUGCAGCAAAAAGUCUCUGCCCAUCUUCCCUGAAAUGGAUCCCGGGAUCUGGAGUCGUCUGCCAGAUGAGCUCCUCGAUCAUGUAUUGGCUUUCUUGCCUCUCAAAACGUUCUUGAAUUUGAGAUCAACGUGUAAGCACUUCAGGUCUCUGAUAUUCUCUCCUUCUUUUAUGUCCAAACAUUGCUCUUCUGGUUCUCCUUUCUCUUCGUUUCUUCUUCUCUCUCAUCCUCAGUUUUACCAUCAAUACUCCUUAUAUGAUUCUAUAAUCGGCAAUUGGCGUAACUUUACUUUGUCGCUCUCUUUUUCGCUACCGUCUGCUGCUGCUGCUGCUAGUUCUCAUUCCUGCACUCUGCUUUCGUGUUCUAAUGGGCUUUUUUGCUUCUCUCUUCCCAACUGCUGUUCUUUUCUUGUGUGCAAUUUCUUGGCCAAAUCUUCGAGGGUUAUUGAAUUCCCAGGUUACCCUUUUGCUUUUGAGUCGCUCACUUUUGUCUCAACCCCAUUUGGGUACAAAAUCUUCGUUCUAUGUUCCAAGUUUUCGUCAAUUUCAUCUUUUAUUUACGACUCAAGUCUCAAUUCUUGGCAAACAUUAGAUAACCUUGAGCUCAUCCUAAGCGACAAUUGUCAUCAAGAAGGUGUAUUCUUUAGUGGGUCAUUGUACUAUACCACUCCAGAGCCAUUUUCAAUAGUGUGCCUUGAUUUGGAAAGCGGAAAGUGGAAGAGAUUCAGCAACGGAUUGCCAGAAGAGCUGACUUUUGUUAGGUUGGUGAGUGACGGUGAAAAGAAGCUGUAUAUGAUUGGUGGGGUUGGGAUAAAUGGAAUUUCAAAGAUGAUGAAAUUGUGGGAAUUGGGUAAUGAAGGGAAUUGGGUGGAAGUUGAAAGUGUGCCUGAAAUAAUGUGUAGAAAAUUUGUGUCAGUUUGCUACCACAAUUACGAGCAUGUGUAUUGCUUUUGGCAUCAAGGGAUGAUCUGUGUUUGCUGCUAUACAUGGCCAGAGAUUUUGUACUACAAGGUUGCAAGGACGACCUGGCAUUGGCUUCCCAAAUGCCCUUCAUUGCCUGAUAAGUGGAGCUGUGGAUUCAGGUGGUUUUCUUUUGUUCCAGAACUGUAUGCUUCAGUUUGAUGGGGCUCUCAUUUUCUGCAUUAGUGGAUUUUGGUAUCUAAUCUUCCCUUUCCUUUUUCAUAUCACUUUUGGCUGUGCAUGUGUAAUAAGCCAGAAGCUUAGAUACUUAGUUUGAUGGAUAUGGAGAAUUCUAUUUUUGGAUUGUUCUUGUUAA